AUGGCGGAUACCGCAAAUGAGCAGGCUGUUCUCAACAUUACAGAGACCAAUGCCACCGCCAAUGAAACAGCCAGAAUACCUGCUACCCCUGAAGGGAUGGCGGUAGCAUAUGCUAGUUUAUUUCUGAUGGCAAUUCUACCGAUCUACAUCGGUUGUUUCCGUUCCGUGACGUUUCAUAAGGAGCAAAAAGAGUCCGGAGAGAAACCAGAGACCAUGUCACACAAAGAUGCUGCCAUGUUUCCCAUUAUUGCAAGUUGUGCUUUGUUUGGGAUAUACAUUGUGUUUCAGAUAUUUUCAAAAGAGCACAUAAACCUGCUGUUGACGGCAUACUUCUUCUUUCUGGGUGUGCUGGCGCUGAGUCACAUAGCCAGACCGAUUAUCAGCAGGCUUCUAACAGCUUCUUUCCCAAACAUGGAGUAUCAUUUUAUUUUGACUCAGGGUAAAGAGGAGAAGAAAGAAGACGUAGUGAAUUACGAAUUUGACAGGAAGGACCUAGUCAGCUUGGCAGUUUGUGGACUCAUUGGUGUGUGGUACUUAUGGAAGAAGCAUUGGUUAGCCAACAAUCUCUUUGGUAUAGCAUUUGCUAUCAAUGGUGUCGAGCUGCUGUCCUUGAACAAAGUCAGCACUGGUUGCAUCCUGCUGGGCGGACUCUUCAUCUAUGAUAUAUUCUGGGUGUUUGGCACAAAUGUGAUGGUAACUGUUGCAAAGUCAUUUGAGGCACCGAUAAAAUUGGUAUUUCCACAAGACAUCCUAGAAAAUGGACUGGCUGCCAAAAACUUUGCAAUGUUAGGUCUGGGGGACAUUGUCAUUCCAGGCAUUUUCAUUGCACUGCUGCUACGCUUUGAUCUGAGCUUGCAAAGAAGGAGCACCUUCUAUUUUUAUGCUGGGUUUGUGGCAUACUGUCUUGGUUUGGGAGCAACUAUGUUCAUUUUGCAUUUCUUUAAACAUGCUCAGCCAGCUUUGCUGUACUUAGUACCUUCGUGUCUAGGACUGCCUACCCUGCUAGCUACACUGAAAGGAGAUGUUAAAGCUAUGUUUGAAUAUGAGGACCAUUCUGAGACACCCAGCCCAGCAAAGGAGACAGUGGAGUCAGACAAGACUAAAUGA